ACUACUACUACCGUCAAUUUCUAGACUGUUUGAUCCUCUCAUGAGAGCAUCCCAACAAACUCCCACAGCCACAUACUCUAAAAAUCAAUCAAAUAUCACAAGUAAUCUAACAAAAUAUACAUUGUAUACCUCAAUUUAGUCUCUAUAGUCCUAGUAUAUGUAUGUUCUGUUAUAUAAGCGUACAUCCAAGGAGUGUUUAAUUGAAAGUUAGUAUAUAGCUAGUGUUGAAGACGGUAUUGUGUCCCAUAACUCGUGGAAAACUACCUCUAGAAAACUCUAGCUAGCGUACGUCAAAAUGGCAAGCAUAGUAGGCCAUAAAUUGGGUAUUUUGGCACCUAGUCAGCGGUUAUUCCGCCAACCAGAGCUACAAACAACAGACAAAUGUAUGCAAGCGGUUCGAAGUGGAAUCUGGGAAGAUGCUCGCUUUGGUUUACGCAGAAAGCCUAAUGCUUUGGCAACAGAGGUUUCCAUUGAAGAGCCCAAGGCACCAACCCCUCUUAAUCAGAAAGACAUGAUGCUAGCUAACUAUGUUCCAAUCUAUGUUAUGCUUCAGUUGGAUAUUAUAACAAUCGAUAAUGUUCUCAAAGAUAAAGCUGAACUGGAGAAACAGCUAAAGCAGUUGCAUGGAGCAGGCGUUGAUGGGGUCAUGUGUGACGUGUGGUGGGGGAUUGUUGAGUCCAAAGGACCAAAGGAAUAUGACUGGAGUGCUUACAAGGCAUUGUUUCAACUCGUUCAAGAUUGUAAGCUAAAAAUGCAAGUUGUUAUGUCGUUUCAUCAAUGUGGUGGGAAUGUUGGGGAUGUUGUGAACAUUCCUAUCCCACAAUGGGUUCGGGAAGUGGGAGAAACAGAUCCAGAUAUCUUUUACACCAACAGAGCAGGGAAUCGUAACUUUGAGUAUCUCACUAUUGGUGUGGACAAUCUUCCACUAUUUGAUGGUCGGACUGCAAUUGAGUUAUACCGUGACUACAUGACCAGCUUCAGAGAGAACAUUGCCGAAUUGUUGGAGGCAGGACUGUUUACUGAUAUUGAAGUAGGGCUUGGUCCUGCAGGGGAGCUUAGAUACCCCUCAUACCCGGAAACUCAAGGCUGGGCUUUCCCUGGUAUCGGUGAAUUUCAGUGCUAUGACAAAUAUCUGAAAGCAGAUUUUGAGGAGGCUGCAACAAAUGCAGGACACCCAGAAUGGGGAUUGCCAGAUGAUGCUGGAGAAUACAACGACAAUCCAGAUGCUACCGGUUUCUUUGGAUCAAAGGGUUAUCUGAGUGAAAAAGGGAAGUUCUUUUUGACAUGGUAUUCCAACAAGUUAAUCACCCAUGGUGAUCAGAUUUUGGAUGAAGCCAACAAAGCCUUUCUGGGUUGUAAAGUGAAGUUAGCCAUCAAGAUAUCAGGUAUCCAUUGGUGGUAUAAAGAUGAUAGUCAUGCUGCAGAGCUAACUGCAGGGUACUACAAUUUGAAUGAUCGAGAUGGAUAUCGUCCCAUUGCCCGCAUGCUUUCAAGGCAUUAUGGUGCUUUCAAUUUCACUUGCUUAGAGAUGAGAGACUCUGAGCAAGAUGCAGCUGCCAAAAGUGCACCUCAAGAACUUGUCCAACAGAAGGUAUUUAGCGGAGUGAAAAGAGAGGAAGUUUAUAUGGCAGGCGAAAAUGCACUCGAACGAUAUGAUCGUACAGCUUACAAUCAGAUUCUUCUCAAUGUGAGGCCUAAUGGCGUUAACAGAAAUGGACCACCAGAGCUAAAGAUGGAAGCUUUGACUUACCUUCGAUUAGGAGGCGAGUUACUGAAAAAGAAGAACUUUCGGAUAUUCAAAACACUUGUGAAAAAACUCCAUGCUGAUCAGGCAUACACCCCUGACCCAAGCAAAUAUUCCACUCUAGUCCCCCUGGAACGAUCAAAACCCGAGAUUCCAAUUGAGGAACUGCUAAAAGCAUCAGAGAUGCUCCAACCUUUUCCUUUUGAUGAUCAAACAGACAUGAGUGUCGGGGGAGCAACUAAUGAUUUUAUUGAUAGUUUCCUCAAUAUGAUACCUUUCUUCUAAAAGACCAUACAUUCGGAUGCAAAAUGUAAGGAGUAAGUUGGCAACUAUGUGAUCAACAACAUAUGUAUGUAUUAUUUAUUGUUGUAUAUGAGAUAAAAUUCUUGUUAAUGUAAUUAGAAAUGUAAAAUUAUCACUGUAUUAAUAAUAAUCGAAAUCAAUAAACUUCAACCCAA